ACUCGCCCCUCGACAUUCGUCCCUCAAAAUCCUGUCUAGGUCUUCACGAGCUGAACCACCAGCAAGUCUUUCGAUACUCUAUACAUCUACUACUUAACAAAGGUCGAGACACUCAUUGUGAUGGACGGAUGGCAGCCAGAACCUCAGCGCCACAAGGUGAAGACCCACCACCAGUUCACCUUAAAUCCACCAGGCCUCUCGAGCAAUGCUAACGUGAUGACACAACCGCAGAGAUCCUUCACUGAAAUGUCUCAUUCAGCAACACUCUCACCUUCACCCAUCGGAUUCAUGGGACCUGCGAGCUUCUUUUCGGCUCCUCGAUUCCCUCCCUCAUCCGCCAACGAGAAUCUGGAGCGUAGACGCACCUCACACCCACACAACUCGUACCUCCAACCUCGAGCCUCCGAAGAAAUGUCGGACAGACUUCAAUCUCAACAACAACAACAACGGCCUCGGCUCGAGCACAGGGCGUCACAAACAAUCAUCGAUCUCACUGACGAACCCGAGGAUUCGCCCGCUCCUCCUCGCAAUGCACAAGCCCGAAAUCGAUACUCACGACCUCCUCAACUUGGACGAAGUGAUGCUGUAAAUUUGGGGGAUCUGAUCGAUCUCACGGACGAUAGUGUGGAGCAAGAGGUCAUUUUCACUGGUGAGAGACAGCUACCAGCCCAAGCGGCUCGCCCCCGUUCUCGUGUGGUUGCCAGGCCCGCCGCUGCUGCUGCUCGUGCAGAUUCGCCGUCCCUCUUCUUACCAGCACGAAACCCACCAGCAGUAAAUCAGGGGAGAUUCAAUGGCCUUAUACCUCAAGGUAUGGCGUUUGGGGACCUGCUUGGGGGUUUUGAUGACCAUAGAGCCGCUUUGGGUGCGGGGAUGGGAUUUGGCCGUUUUCCGCGAGACUUUAUGGAUCAACUUGAUAUGGCACAAAUGGCUCGGAACGGUCAAGUACAGGCAAUGCCACAUGCUCUAGACUAUCAACACGCCGCAUUUGCAGAACAAAAACCAGAACACAUUCCCCCUCCAGCAGCCAGGCCGGGCUUCACACGAUCCACAAAAGAAGACCAUAUUCUGGUGUGCCCCAGCUGCGAGGAGGAACUUGUUCAGAACAACGAAGUUGAGGAGCCUGUCUUCAAGAAGUCUGGUAAAGCCCCCACGAAGAAGGAACGGGAGGAGCAUCCAUUCUGGGUUGUCAAGGAUUGCGGUCACGUCUACUGUAACGCUUGCUUCCAAGUUCGUGCCUCAAGUGGAAAGACUGGCUUUAAAGAAUCCACAAAAGUCGGCAAAAAGGCCAAGACUUUUACUUGUGCAGUGGAAGAUUGCGACUCGGAUAUCAAAACUAAAGAGAAGUGGGUGGGAGUGUUCCUUUGA